UCCCAGCACAGGGGUGCUUAUAAUGUUGUAAAGGGGAAACUUUACUUUGCAGGUCAAGGGACUAAGGCAGGUCAGUGAGAAGGAUAUUAAGGUAACUGGGGAAAAAAGAGUGGUAGUCUAUGAGGACUUUUAUCGUUUAAGUUCACACUCAGAAAAUCACUGGCAAGGCACUGUACACCUUGGCAGUGGCCCCUAGGAGCGAUGGGUACUGACACUCCUCGUGCGAGCCGGGUGCUGCAGCACAGCACCUUCGCUCCGCUGGCCGUCGCAGCUGCUUAACACCCACCCAUGGCGUCAUUUUGAUGAUUGCCAGCUUAACUUUUUAUUAUGUGCCUGCAGUUGGGCUGUAUCUCAUACCUUUUUCUUUUUGUGUGUGUGUGUAUUUUUGGUGUCUCUUGGAGGGCUGGGUACAGCUCCUCGUUUUGUGAUGCCGUUGCGUUGUUUGGAGGUUGUGCAGCGUCAAUUGCGGCUAAAACCAAGCCUGUACUGGGGCUUCUUCUCAGCCCACUAGAACAGACAGAAAACUUGAAAUGCUAAUAUUUCCUUACUUCAUUUCACUGAAGGUGGAGGAGGGAUCUGACUCAGACAUAAAAGACUGGUUUAAAACAGGAUUAAACUAAUCUGUGCUGCUCAGAGGGAUGGUCAGAGAUCCCUUUUAAACUGCUGGUGUGUGCCACUGCUGCUGGCUCCAUCAUCUUUCAUCUCUCUUCAGUCACUCCUCACAGAAGCCAUGAGAUGGACAUCAGUGAGAGUGGCAUUCAUUUGGUAAAAAGGGCAAGGGGCAAAGAGAAGUAAGUGCCUCUUGUGGCAGUGUGAAUGACAGGCAGUCUCUGUAGAUACACAUCUGCGUUACUUUAUCAAAGAAGUGUACUUGUAGCAUUGCAAACUAUACCACAGCAAAUGUGGGACUGGUGUUAGGUGGGUGUUAAACCCCUGAAGGAAGGAAAACCUGAAAGCACAAACUGAGGAGGAGCUGUUGGGAAGUUUCAACUUCUGUUUUGCUUGUGUGAAGCUUGUAUGAACUAAGUUUGCUUCUUGUUGGGAUCAAAUUGAUUCAGUAAGGUAAUCACAACACGGCAAAAUUGAUUAAUAUCCAAAGGUAUGGUUCAGCUAGUGAAUGGCAGUUUGUGAGUUUUACUAAAUUAACAGCUCUGAGGACUUUUCAUGCACUCUAAACCACGGUGUUUUGUGUUCUGUUUUCUCUGCAGACGACGGCUGAUCUCCCAGCGAUCUUCUCUGGAGACUCUGGAGGACAUAGAGGAAAAUGCCCCACUGCGGAGAUGUCGGACACUCUCAGGAUCACCCAGACCAAAGAACUUUAAGAAGGUUCAUUUUAUCAAGAACAUGCGGCAACACGAUACCAGAAACGGCAGAAUAGUCCUUAUCAGCAGCAGAAGAUCCUUCUGUAGCAUAUUUUCAGUGCUGCCAUAUCGAGACUGUACCCAAGUCGGGGAUAUGAAGCUGGACGGUGGACGCCAGUGCCAUUCUACCGGGGUGUGUCUGAAAGAGAUAAUUGGUCUUGAAGGUGUGGAGCUCGGAGCGGAUGGGAAGACGGUUUCUUAUACACAGUUCCUAUUUCCCACCAAUGCUCUGGGAACUCGGAGAAACACGAUAGACUCCACCUCAUCCUUCUCCCAAUUUCGCAAUGCAAGCCAUCGUAGCCUUUCUUUGGCAAGAGCUAACAGCACCCAGGGGAGUAUUGAUGCAGGUAGCGACCUGGGAGACUUUGUUGAAUAUGACCCAAAUCUUUUAGAUGAUCCCCAAUGGCCAUGUGGCAAACAUAAGCGGGUUUUAAUAUUUCCUUCGUAUAUGACCACAGUCAUAGACUACGUGAAGCCAUCAGAUCUCAAGAAGGACAUGAAUGAGACCUUUAAGGAGAAGUUCCCUCACAUCAAGUUAACCCUCAGUAAAAUAAGAAGCUUGAAGAGAGAAAUGCGCAAGCUUGCUCAAGAAGAAUGUGGUUUUGAAGAGCCCACAGUGGCCAUGGCCUUUGUCUACUUUGAGAAGCUGGCUCUCAAGGGGAAGCUGAACAAGCAGAAUAGGAAGCUUUGUGCUGGAGCCUGUGUUCUUUUAGCAGCCAAAAUUGGCAGUGACCUCAGAAAACACGAAGUCAAGCAUCUUAUAGAUAAACUGGAAGAGAAGUUCCGGCUGAAUAGGCGAGAGCUGAUUGCCUUCGAGUUCCCGGUGCUGGUGGCCUUGGAGUUUGCUCUCCACCUUCCUGAGCACGAAGUGAUGCCGCACUACAGACGCUUGGUGCAGAACUCCUAGCGCUGGCUGCCCUGCGGGGAAGGGGCUCCUGACUUCCCGCUUGGCUCUCCUGAGCCGCAGUUACUACUGGAAAUGCAAAACCAGACUCCUAACACUUCACUCUCUCCCCAAAACAGUUUUUCAAGCAACAAAUAGGAAACACUGCGUCGAGAUUAAGACUCUCAGCUUUGACAAAUUUAUGUAUUGUUACUUUCUCAAAGCAGGUGAAGACUGAGCUGUUGGUAAAUGGUUAACGUUCUGAAACUGGGUGGCGACUGCCCCUGUCUGUGGGGACUACAGCUAUAAAAGUAGGCAAAAUUUGAAGGGCAGCCUCCAUGACCACCCCUCUCCAUCACACAAACCCUGGAAGCCCACGUGAGUGCAUUCUCAUAGCGCUUUUUCUACAGACCUGCUGCAUCUUCCAAGAGGACUUCGUAACGUGAAAAAGCUUUUAAAGAAGAUAUCUUCACUGUGUCAAAAAGAAUGUGCCAAUCUAUUUUUGUAUCAGCAAUUGAAAGUGCACUUUUUCGUGUGGGGUGUUUGUGUGUGUAUCCGUGUGUGUGUGCGUGUGCAACACUGAACUGAUCUCAGUCCAGGUGGUUGGCUUAGCUGUUUCCGAGUGUAUCAGUUACCAAUGGCAAAGAUCAAGGUGACCUUUGUUUACUUCUUAAAAAACAUAACUACUGGAAAAACGGUAAAUGGGAUCAUUUUUGGACACUUUUUUUUUUUUUAUUCUCUGAUCUUUCCAACAUUGUACCUUUGAAAGGAUUACAGUACUACUACUACAAGAGAAGGAUCAGCAACUGACCUUGAGUUUUCAGUCAUGUUUGUGAUGAAAGCAUUAGUAUGAGAUUGCCAUGUCAUGUUUUUUAAAAAUAUCUUGUGUUAAGCCACAUGCAUAUUUUUAACCUUCGCACUUUUCCCACUGUGGAGAUGGUUAGACUUGCACUCUGUAGUGUUGUAUUUCUGUGCUCUAUGUUAGAGUGCGUAAUAAGCACAUUUAUUGUGCUGUAUCUUAAAACAGUGUUUUAUU